UUAGGGGACUCAUGGAUAUAUAAAGGCCUCCGAAGGUCUGGGGAAUACAGUCACUAUUGUCUCAAAGCAGAACAAUGAAGCUAGCAACGUAUCUCUUGGCCCUCGUCCUGUUCGCCGGAUUCUUCCUGCUCCAGCCUUCCUCGGCCCAGACGAACUCCACCGAUACGACCAAUAGCACGACUACGGCAGCCACCACGACCACGACCACCACUGCCGAGCCCACAACUGUUCACAGGAAGCGUGUCACGAUCUCGAACCUUAACUACUCUAACGUUCGCAGGAUUCACGUGAAUAAAAAAUCUGGACUUUUGAAAAAGAAAUCUGGAAGUCUGAAAAAGAAAACUGGAUAAAUUAAACGCAGGUUUAUGGAAAACUUUUGGCAAUGAAAAAUAAAUAUAUGUAA